AUGUCUGAACCUCGCGAAACCAUCAUCAUAGUCGGAGCAGGCAUCGUCGGCUCCGCCCUAGCCCACUUCCUCUCCUCCUCAUCAUCAUCCUCAUCAAACACUCCACGAACAAUCACUCUCAUCGACCGCUCCUUCGGUCCCCUCCUCGGCUCAACAGGUCACGCACCGGGCUUCGUCGGCCAAUUCAACGAGUCCCCAGUCCUCACCAAACUAGCCAUCGACUCCGUAUCGGAAUACACCAAAAUCCCCGGCGGCUUCGACACCGUCGGCGGCCUAGAAAUCGCCUUCCAGCCCGCAGGAUGCGAGCGUCUCAAGGCCAGGUGCGCAGCCGCCUCACAGCGCGGCCUAGCCGCUGAGAUGUUGAGCCUGGGAGAAGCACAUACACUCGCGCCGGAACUCGUCAGAGAAGAAGACGGAAAAGAUUCGUCGGGGGCAGGGGCUGCAGUCUUCUUCCCCACCGACGGGACCGCCGACGCAUGCAGAAUCACUUCAUUCUACCAAGACUCUGCAAAGAAAGCAGGCGUCAACUUCCUACAAAGCUCCGUCGAGAAGCUCCUCUUCACACCAGACGGCCGCAUCAAUGGCGUCCAGGUCCUCGACCUCGGCUCCGCACAGCAACUCGAAGCCGAUAAAGUCAUCCUCACAACGGGCAUCUGGGCCCGCGACCUCUGCCGCGACCUCCCCUUCCCCGUCCCCGUCAUCCCCGUCGGACACCCCUACAUGCACGCCCGCACCCGAACCCCCUUGCCUCCCCGAGAAAACUCAAACCCGAAAUCGAAAUCGACGUCGCUGCCCUUUGUGCGCUGGCCGGAACACCACGUCUACGCCAGAGAUCACGGCACCCGCUACGGCAUCGGGAGCUACGACCACCCGCCCGUAGGCUGCGCGCCGAACGCGGAAGACGGGACGGCGAUCGGGGUCUGGAUCCCUGAUUUCCGGCAGACGCUCGAGGCUGCUAGGAAGAUGCUGCCUCCCGCGACCGCGGCGGAGUUUGAGGAGGAUGUGAGUGAGGAUCAGACUAAGAGCAGGAGCUUCAACGGGAUCUUCUCCAUGACGCCUGAUAACAUGCCGCUCGCUGGCGCGGUGAGGUCGGUGCCUGGGUUGCACAUGGCUGUUGCUGUGUGGGUUACUCACGCUGCUGGGACGGCCAAGUUUUUGACGAAACUUUUGAAUGGGGAGGGGGUAGAUCAGGAGACGUUGGAGGCCCUUGAGCCGGAGAGAUUUGGUGGGCGGGAUUUUGCGACGCUGGAGGAGGAGUCGCUUUGUGGGUAUAACUCCAUCUACAAGACUGUGGCCAAGUAG